UUUCGCUCACCGGGGCUCUAGGUGGCCGAAUCAGUCGAUGACUGACGACGACGGCGACCAAUUCAACACUGUAGGAAGAGGAAGCAUGCCGUUCGUUUCGAGGAUACGUAGGCAGACUGAUUACAAUACAUAUCCAUCUUCGAUCCCCAUUGUUAUUGAUAAUGGCGCCUCUUACUUCCGUAUCGGGUGGGCCGGAGAAACUGAGCCUCGUGUUGUUUUCCGCAAUAUCGUGCACAGACCACGCCACAAAGCUACAGGUGAAACGGUUACUAUUGUUGGCGACAUGGAUCCUGCAAUGAUGAAGUACUUUGAUUGCACUCGCUCAGGACCACGUUCACCUUUUGAUAGCAAUGUGGUUUUUCAGUUUGAGACCAUGGAAUAUAUUCUUGACUUUGCCUUUGAUCGUUUGGGUGCUAAUGGAUCAGGGAUUGAUCACCCGAUCCUAAUCACUGAAUGUGCAUGCAACCCAGUUCAAUCUCGAAGCAAAAUGGCAGAAUUGCUAUUUGAGACUUAUGGAGUGCCUGCAGUUGCAUUUGGAGUGGAUGCUGCUUUCAGCUACAAGUACAAUCAACUACAUGGAAUUUGUAAAAAAGAUGGAAUUGUUCUCUGUCCUGGAUACAAUACAACGCACGCUAUUCCAUUUGUCGAUGGAGAACCUAUUUAUAAAGGAUCCUGCCGAACAAACAUUGGUGGCUAUCAUGUCACUGAUUAUUUAAAGCAGCUUUUGUCACUGAAGUACCCUUUUCAUUCGUCUAGGUUUACAUGGGAGAAGGCUGAAGAUUUGAAAUUGGAACACUGUUAUAUCGCACUGGACUAUGCUUCUGAAGUUCGGUUAUUCCAGGAAGGAACAAAAGAAGCUGAAGAGAAAACAAGGUAUUGGCAGCUUCCAUGGAUACCUCCUCCCACCGAAGUUCCUCCAUCAGAAGAAGAGAUUGCAAGGAAGGCAGCUAUUAGAGAAAAACAAGGUCAAAGGCUGCGAGAAAUGGCUGAAGCAAAGAGAUUGUCUAAGAUAAAUGAAAUGGAUAGUGAACUGAGUAGCUUGCGGUUCCUUGUGAAACAACUUGACCAGGUUGAAGAGGAUGAUAUUCCAACCUUUUUGUCAGACACCGGUUAUGCGUCCAGACGAGAGCUAGAAUCUACGAUUUUGAAAGUGACACAGUCGCUUAGAAAAGCAAGGGGUGAGCCGAAGAAUGAACCAGCUGAGAGUGAAGAGAACAAUGAUUCUCUUAAUAAUGAAAAAUAUCCUCUUAUGAAUGUCCCCGAUGAUAUGCUUACUCCCGAGCAGCUUAAGGACAAGAAGAGGCAAAUGUUUCUUAAAACCACAACAGAGGGCCGGCUACGAGCUAGACAGAAGCGUAAUGAGGAGGAACUCGAAAAAGAGAGAAGAAAUCAAGUAGAGGAGGAAAGACGUCGUGAGAACCCAGAAUUUUACUUAGAGGAGAUGCGAGCUCAGUACAAGGAAGUGUUAGAGAGAGUUGGGCAGAAGAAACUUCUGAAAACAAAUGGGUCCAGUAACGGGAAUAAUAAGUCUGGAGGUGUUGGACGAGGCGAGCGACUAAGUGCUGCACAGAGGGAGAGAAUGCGUCUGCUGACAACAGCAGCCUUUGAUAGAGGGAAAGGCGAGGAUACAUUUGGUUCUAGAGAUGAAGAUUGGCAGCUCUACAAGCUUAUGAGCAAGGAUAAUGACGAUGAUGAUGAACAAGCUGAUUCAGAUGAGGCUGAGUUGGCUCGUAUAACAUCUAGACUUCAGGAAAUUGAUCCAACAUUUGUGCAGAAAGUAGAGGGUGAGAGUCUGACAUCAGGGGAUGUGCCACGGGUACGCCAAUUAACAGAGGAAGAUUACAAGAUAGUGAUUGGUAUUGAAAGAUUCCGAUGUCCUGAGAUCCUGUUUCAUCCAAACCUUAUUGGCGUUGACCAAGUAGGCUUAGAUGAGAUGGUCGGUGCAUCGAUCAGAAGGCUACCACACGAGGAGACAGAGUUAGAGAAAAGGUUAACGAGUUCGAUACUGAUGACAGGCGGAUGUAGCCUUCUUCCGGGGAUGAAAGAGCGGUUGGAAUGCGGGGUAAGGAUGAUAAGACCGUGCGGAUCGCCCAUAGACGUUGUUCGAGCUAUGGAUCCAGUGCUGGAUGCAUGGCGUGGAGCAUCUGCGUUUGCUGCAGAUUUGAACUUCUUGAAAAGCGCCUUUACUAAGAUGGAUUACGACGAGAAAGGUGAAGAUUGGCUUCGAAAAUAUCAAAUUCGAUACAAUAAGUUGUGAUUCCUCCCUUUUGCUAUAGGAUUUGAUUAAUUGUGGAUUUUUCAUAUAUGAUUAAGCUUAAGCUCUCUGUUUGCCUA